AUUACAGACAAGACAGUUGGAUCAACUAGUUACGUGUUGGACCGUACCGUUUCCGUUUACCUAACAGCCAAACACAACCACCUUCGAUACACUCUAGACAGACAGCCUCCAUCGGUCUCUCCUCCCACAAGAAACAUCGCCUCACAUUUAUAACCACCACCAUUCGCCUCUCCAUUUCAUAUCUUGUCAUUUUUUAUAUUUUCAAGCAGCAACGAUGGCUCAAGUAGUGACUACAAAGUUGCUUCACACUUCUUUUGUUGGCAAUCAGAUUGAUGAGAAGAUCUUCAACCUUUCUGGUGUUGCUUCCAAUUGCCCGAUUAGCCACCGCCGCCGUCGUCGUGUUCUUAGCGUCACCGCUAGGGGAGCCGCCACCCAAGUUGUUCCCGUCACACCGGAAGACACACAUAAGACAGGAGAGAAGAAGUAUCAAUCACCGGAAGUCGUAAGAAAAGGCAGGUGGUCGAAGCCCAUUGUUAGGCGCAAGACAAAAAUCGUUUGUACAAUCGGUCCGUCCACUGACACUAAGGAAAUGAUAUGGAAGCUAGCCGAGGCUGGAAUGAACGUUGCAAGAUUAAACAUGUCCCAUGGAGAUCAUGCUUCUCAUCAAAAAGUUAUCGAUCUUGUUAAAGAAUAUAACGCUCAAUCUAAGGAUAACGUCAUUGCAAUCAUGCUUGACACAAAGGGGCCCGAGGUCAGAAGUGGGGACUUGCCGCAACCAGUUACGUUAGUAAGUGGCCAAGAAUUCACGUUCACAAUUAAAAGAGGCGUUGGCACUGAAGAUUGUGUUAGUGUUAACUAUGAUGAUUUCGUAAAUGAUGUAGAAGCAGGUGACAUGCUUCUGGUUGAUGGUGGUAUGAUGUCACUGUUGGUGAAAUCUAAGACGGAAGAUUCAGUAAAAUGUGAAGUCGUGGAUGGUGGCGAGCUUAAGUCUAGACGGCAUCUAAAUGUUAGAGGAAAAAGUGCAACUUUGCCGUCCAUCACUGAAAAGGACUGGGAUGAUAUCAAAUUUGGUGUGGAUAAUCAAGUCGAUUUCUAUGCAGUUUCUUUUGUUAAAGACGCAGAAGUUAUCUAUGAGUUGAAGAAUUAUUUAAAAAGCUGUGGUGCGGAUAUUCAAGUUAUCCCGAAAAUUGAAAGUGCGGACUCCAUACCAAAUUUACAUUCGAUUAUCACAGCAUCUGACGGGGCGAUGGUUGCAAGAGGGGACCUUGGUGCAGAGCUGCCUAUUGAGGAGGUUCCGUUGCUGCAGGAAGAGAUAAUCAACACAUGCCGUAGCAUGGGAAAAGCAGUUAUCGUUGCAACAAAUAUGCUUGAAAGCAUGAUCGUUCAUCCUACACCUACCCGUGCAGAGGUAUCCGACAUUGCUAUUGCGGUUAGAGAGGGUGCUGAUGCAGUCAUGCUUUCUGGAGAAACCGCUCACGGAAAGUUUCCGCUAAAAGCUGUUAACGUAAUGCACACAGUGUCGUUAAGAACUGAAUCGAGUAUAAUGAGUAGCGGCACAGUGUCUAGUCUUAAUCAAGCCUUUAAGAACCAUGUGAGCGAAAUGUUUGCAUACCAUGCGACAUCAAUGUCCAACACUCUUGGAACUUCAAUUGUGGUAUUCACGAGAACUAGUAACAUGGCGGUCCUACUGAGCCAUUAUCGGCCUAACGGCACUAUAUUUGCCUUCACAGAUAAUAAAAGGGUACAACAAAAAUUGGCUUUGUAUCAAGGAGUUUGCCCCAUUUAUAUGGAGUUCGCGGAUGAUGCUGAAGAAACCUUUGCAAAUGCUCUUGUUGUGUUGAAGAAUGAAGGGAUGGUGAAGGAAGGUGAGCAUGUAGCUCUUCUUCAGAGCGGCAAACAACCCAUCUGGCGGUUCCAGUCUACCCAUAAUAUUCAGGUCCGAAAGGUGUAGCCGCCGUAAAAGAUCCAUGCUUCCUUGUUAUGUUGAUUUUUUGGUCGUUUUUAGUUUCCCCCGAGAUGUUUUUCUUCAUCUCUGUUUUUUUGUCAUAUGCCUGCCAUUUGUAGACACUACAUUAUGUAUCGGAUUGAUAGAACAUCAACUUCUGUGUCAUUUACACAAGUUUAUAGAAGUAUUGAUAUUGUCAUUAUUGGAAAA